AUGUCAGGUUUUCAACUAGCGUUGGACUACAUUGACGCGGGAAGUGAAGAGGAAAUUUUACAGCAUCGUGAAAGGGCUCUAGUCGCCAUCAAAAAGCUAGAGAAGGCCCUGGGUCUCAUCCAGAGUGUUGAGCCCGGUUCAGCACCUGACUCUAUAUCUAUCGAACCCGAUGUCGAGCAGCGACCUCACCAGUUGUCCGAGAAAAUUCUCGCUAGGAUAGACAAAAACCUCGUCAGCAUCGUUUCGUACGCUCGGAAACCCCCAGAGACUGCAGUCGCGCCAGCACCGCAAGAGCGCGAAGAUCCUAGGAUCAUUGACGCACAGAUAUACUAUAGCGCGAAGAAAAAGACGACAAUAAACUCCGUACUUGCUGGGGCCGAGCAAUAUAAGAAGUAA